CACUGCCUGCAAAAAACGCGAAUCUCUCUCCCUCUCGGACCCUCGAAAGCGAAAUCGAACUGCGAAAAAAACAAGUCAGUCUUUAAAAAGUAACGGGAUCCGAAGGAAAAUACGAACCAGAAUAGCUGCAAACCCUAACCCUAGCCGCGACUUACACACCGUUCACUCCACUCCACCUCCCCGUUCUCGUUCUCCGUGCACGUGAAGACGUUAGUCAGAGAUAUAUUAGGGUUGGUUUUUUUUUUUUGUCCUUUGUGUAGAUAAAGGUGCAUGGGAGUUGCUGAAGCCAAGCCAGAUUAGGAUUAGGGGUAGGGAUAGAGUUAGGGUUUUGGUGAUGGAAUGCGUAGGUGGUGGUUGUGGACGUUGUCGUUGUUGCUGAUGACCGGAUGCCAAUGUCACAGGUGGAAGAAGAUGAUGGGUAGGGGUGCGGACGGAGGUUGCGGCACCGUGGAGAGGCCUUGCCCUGUUUCUAGGGCUCCGCCCAAAAUUCCGGCGAUCCAAUCGGAAAUUCCAGACAAGCAGACUUCAGCAGACAUUGAUUUUUACUCGCAGGCUAGAAAAGCGCUCUGCGAGCGCUCGCCCUUCGACGUUUCCGACGAUAAUUCGGCUAUCAGUUCGCCCACCUUGCCUAGAGGGUUGGCGAGUUUCUUGUGGAGGAGCUCGGAUAGUCGGAGGCGGCAUAAGAAGUCCCACUCGGGCGCGGACAAGAAGUCUUCUCGGCCCACUCGGGUUUCCAACGUUUGGUUUGAGACUGAGGAAUACUUUAGGCACCUGACAUUGCAUGAUAUUGAUUCAUUGCUUGAGAUAUCUUCUCCUUUUAGUGCUUUAGCUACUAGGGAAUGUAUCCUGAUUCCGUUUUCGGAAAAUGCUCGGAGGACGAAGUUCGUUGGUAGUUGUGGAAAUGAGAAUGUGAAUGCGCAUGGUGAGAAUGGGGACGAAAAUUUGGUUGUUAAAGAGGAGUUGAAGGGCGAGGGUGGGCAGUCCAUGGAAAUUGAUAGCGUUGGAGCUGACGCUUCGCCUCAGGAUGGAAAAGGUAGUUCCGAGUCCCAUAUUUUUGGCGGUUUAGAGUGGCUUUUAGGAACUAAGGAUAAGGUUUCUUUAACUUCGGAGCGGCCAUCAAAGAAGCGGAAGCUUCUCGGUGGUGAUGCUGGGUUGGAAAAAGUUUUAAUUGCACGUCCUUGUGAAGGGAAUUCAUCUUUGUGCCAGUUUUGUUGUAUGGGUGACACGUGCAAGGAGUCCAACCGAUUGGUCGUUUGCAGUUCGUGUGAGUUUGCAGUUCAUCAGAAGUGUUAUGGUGUGCAGGAGGAUGUGGGUGCGACUUGGUCGUGUGCAUGGUGCAAGAAGAAGAGUGAUUGCAGUGGUAUUGAUUCAUCGAAAACUUGUGUUCUUUGCCCCAAGCAGGGUGGUGCUUUAAAACCUGUUCAUAAGAGUGAUGAAAGUGGUGAAUCUAUGGAGUUUGCUCACUUGUUCUGUUGCCAUUGGAUGCCCGAGGUCUAUAUAGAGGAUUUGACGAAGAUGGAGCCAAUCAUGAAUGUGGGAAGAAUAAAGGAAACUAGGAGAAAAUUGGUGUGUAACAUAUGCAAGUUGAAGUGUGGCGCUUGUGUUCGGUGCAGUCAUGGAACUUGCAGAACUUCCUUCCAUCCUAUAUGCGCGAGGGAGGCAGGUUUCAGAAUGGAGGUCUGGGGAAAAUAUGGAUGUGAUAAUGUUGAGUUAAGGGCUUUUUGCUCAAAGCACUCUGAUGUACCAGAGAGUAGCAGGAGUUCACAUGCAGGUGAUCCCUCUUUGGCUGUUGGUGGUGAAUCCAUUGUUGCUAACCAUCUUCCUGUGGCAGUCUCUAUGAACAAGUCACCCAAGUUGAAGAUCGAUGGCCGAAAUGGAGAUAAUGAUGCAGCCCAUAUGGGAACACCUGAUAAUAUCUCUGAUAAGUCAGGUGAGAGUGAAGUACAACAGAUAGAGUGUUCCAAUUUUGGAGUAAAUGCCAAGAUUAUGUUGGAAUGUGGUGACGCACAGCAACUCUUUAAUGUGGGAGAACUAGAGAGGAGCAAUGAGGAUGUUAACUUAUACGGAUCCCUUGAUGUUGCAAUGAUUUUGAAGAAGUUGAUUGAUCAAGGAAAAAUCAACGUACAAGAUGUAGCAUUGGAGAUUGGCAUUUCACCUGAUUCAUUAACAGCAACACUCUCUGAUGCUGGCUUGGUCCCUGACUUACAAAGAAAACUAUUCAAAUGGCUUAGAAAUCACACUCAUAUAAGUACCUUACAGAAUAAUUUGAAAGUUAAAGCAAAUCCAGCAAUUUCAUGUGAGGAUGAAGUUGGGACAGCUGUUGAAUCUGAUGCAUUAACAGUAUCGGAGUCUCAUUUUCCAGACCCUGUUACUGUUAAGUCAGUACCCCCGAGGAGAAGAACCAAAAGCAACGUUAGGAUUUCAAAGGAUAACAAAUUAAUAUGUUCGUCAGAUGAUAUUUUGAGUGACAAUGGAAUGGUGAUGGAUAGUAUUAAAGUAGAUCCAAUCUGCAGCAGAGAACCUGAUAAUUCAAGUAAAUCAUCAAUCUCCAAUGCUGCUGAAAAGGACCCCAAUGAGGCUGAUGAGACUGAAGAUUGUUUGCGGAAGCAUUCACCUAAAUGUGAAGGCAAUGCAGCUAGAACCUCAAAUUGCAACCUUCCCAAGAGUGUUCAAUUGGAGGAGAUUGCCAGUCCUGGGCAGAAUGCUCCAGUGAAUGGAGAGCAUGUAAAUUCAGUAGUCUCUGAUAUCAUGAAAACAGAAGCAGUUUCUAGUUUUUACAUCCACCCAUAUAUUACCAAGAAAUUAUUGCAGAUAGAAUUGGGGAUGCUUUCAAAGAAUCCAAGAAACAAUUUUGAUGAUUCAAGGGAGAGUGAACUCUCUCGGUUGGAGGCUUCUUCCAAUGCCAGUGUUUGCUGUAAUCACCAAAAUCAAGAUUCAAAAUGCAAUAACAUGAUUUGCAAAUCUGAUGGAUUACAUUUAGACCAGUUGAUUACGGCCAUGAAAAUGGGAGUUUUAGACUCAUCUCCAGAAGAUGAAGUGGAAGGGGAAAUUAUUUAUUUUCAGCAUAGGUUAAUUGGCAAUGCGGUUGCAAGAAAGCAGUCUACAGAUAACUUAAUUUGUAACGUUGCUAAGAGUUUACCACAGGAGAUUGACAUGGCACGGUGGCAAAGAUGGGACUCUGUGCUUGUCAAUCAGUAUCUUGGUGACCUUAGAGAGGCCAAAAAACAGGGUAGGAAAGAGAGAAAGCAUAAGGAAGCACAAGCCGUGCUGGCUGCUGCAACUGCUGCUGCUGCAGCAUCCUCUAGAAUUUCUUCAUUUAGGAAAGAUGCGUAUGAUGACCCAGCUCAACAGGAGAGUCCAAUGAUUUUGAAUACCUCUAAUAGUGGGAGGUCUGGCAUCAGCAUGCAGUUGAUGCCUCGGAAAGAGAUGCUUUCAAGGCUUGCUGCCCCAAGGCUUUCAUUAGAAAAACAAACUGAUUUUGUUAAUUCAACAUCUGAUCUUUCUAAGGAACAUCCUAGAUCGUGUGAUGUCUGCCGUCGGUCUGAGACACUAUUAAAUCCCAUAUUAGUCUGUUCAAGUUGCAAGGUUGCUGUUCACUUGAGUUGCUAUCGUAGUGUUAAAGAAUCUACUGGGCCAUGGUACUGUGAAUUAUGUGAAGAGUUAUUAUCAUCUAGAAGCUAUGGAGCUCCAACUGUCAAUGUUUGGGAGAAGCACUUUUUUGUUGUGGAAUGUGGUUUAUGUCGUGGCACUACUGGUGCUUUUAGGAAGUCUUCAAAUGGUGAAUGGGUCCAUGCCUUUUGUGCUGAGUGGGUCUUUGAAUCAACAUUCAGAAGGGGACAAGUGAAUCAAGUUGAAGGAAUGGGGACAAUUUUGAAGGAGGCUGAUGUUUGCUAUAUCUGCCAUCGCAAACUUGGUGUCUGCAUAAGGUGUAACUAUGGUCACUGCCAGGCCACAUUUCAUCCAACAUGUGCCAGGAGCACUGGCCUCUACAUGAAUAUAAAGAAUUUGGGUGGAAAGUUUCAGCACAAGGCUUACUGCGAAAAGCAUAGCUUGGAGCAGAGGGCAAAGGCUGAGACCCAAGAACAUGGGAUUGAGGAGUUUAAGAGAAUCAAGCAAAUUAGGGUUGAAUUAGAGAGGUUACGCCUUAUCUGUGAGAGAAUAAUCAGACGUGAAAAAAAGAAGGGUGGGACUAGCUUGGGUGAUGCUGAGAAGGGUGAUCGAUCUCCUAGCAUCAUGGAGAGGUCUUCAGGGUAAUUUCCACAUUGCAGCAAUCUGGAAGAUGGUUCGAUUAUGCCUAUGGUGGUGUCUUUGGAGGGAGAGAAACAAAAGAAGCUUUGAGGAUCGUGACCGGUCAAUGGAUGAGCUUAGAACUUUUUUUUUGUAAUACUUUACUCCAUUGGUUGAUUGUAAUUGAUUUUAAUGGUGUGAACUUUCAUGAAAUUCUUCUAUCACUAGAUUAUCAUGCACAGGUGAUGUUCUUGUAUAUAUCUCAUGUACUUGGGCUCUUGCCUAUUCUAAUUAUCAAUAAAAUUGUGUUUGCCGAUAAAAAAAAUUGCUAAAGACCUUUAUGACAACAACAAAGAGUAGCGAAUACGGUGGGUUCCUCGAUCUCGAGACUCGAGAGCUAGUGAAGAAACCAAUUGGAUCACCAUUCAUCAAUACAGCACAGCAUGUCGUAGAGAUACAUGCUCUAUCCAAGAUUGCUAUAUUUUCCUAAAUCAGCAUCUUCUGAGAAAAUAAUACAAGAAUUCCUUGUUAACAUGAUUGUUUGUAAGGGAGGCCUUUUUUGGAAAGCAGUUGUGGAUUUGAAAUUUCGUUGCGCUUGGGGCGAGUAGUGUUCUAAUAGAGAGCUCAGGGCCCCCCUAUGGGGUGGGGUUGUGGAAAAACAUCAAAAGAGGUUUGGGGGCUUCUCUACUCAUACUAGACUUGUGGGUGAUGCCUAUAGGAUAAAAUUCUUGUAUAGCUUAUAAGUAAGCUUCAGAGAUCUUUUUUAUAUUAUGGAUUUCGAAACUACGAGGAGUAGAGUGCAAGUUUCUAUCCUUCAAGGUUCUUUUUAUGAUUUCCCUGAGAAAUGAUAUUUGUAAUCGUGGAGUGUGCAAGGGUCACGUAAUCUUUUUGAAAAAAAUGAUUACAUGAAAAAAAGAUUAAUUUUUUAAUAGUAGACUCCACUCUUUUUCAAAACGACUACACGGCGCUUGUGCACUUUACAACUAUAUGUAGCAUUACUCUUGUCACUUUUUUCACUUUCAUAAUUAGGCAGUCUGGUUCCAAUUUCAUGCUUUUUUCCUGCUAGGAUGCUGUAUUAUUAUCGCUGAAAGGGUUAGAUUUUUUUUUCAGAACCUCUCCCCCCCCCCGGGCGGCGCGGGCGGGGGAUUGGGGGAUUUUUUUCUUGUGGCUGCUGCUUACUGCACCUCUCUUCUACUGGUUGUUAGUCACCCUAUUCCAAUUUGGUGGUUUUUGAUGCCUAUGCUUCUCAUUGUUUCCAAAAAUGACCAUUUUUCGAACACUAAUUUACGUCAUAUUAAUCUCUUUUGGAUUGGUGACUUCUACCUUUAUGUUCUGUCUGAGCUUGUAUGAA